UUCGGACGCUGCGCGAAGCCGCGGGCGGGAGGGCAGACGGACCGACCGACGGGAGGGACGGGAGCCGAGCAAGAUGGCGCAGACUCAGGGCACCAAGAGAAAAGUCUGUUAUUAUUAUGACGGUGACGUCGGGAACUACUAUUAUGGACAAGGCCAUCCCAUGAAGCCUCACCGAAUCCGCAUGACUCACAAUUUGCUACUCAACUAUGGUCUCUACCGGAAAAUGGAAAUCUACCGCCCUCACAAAGCCAAUGCUGAGGAGAUGACCAAGUACCACAGCGAUGACUAUAUUAAAUUCUUGCGCUCCAUUCGUCCAGAUAAUAUGUCGGAGUACAGCAAGCAGAUGCAGAGAUUUAAUGUGGGCGAGGACUGCCCGGUGUUUGAUGGCCUGUUUGAGUUCUGCCAGCUGUCCACUGGUGGCUCUGUGGCAAGUGCUGUGAAACUUAAUAAGCAGCAGACGGACAUCGCCGUGAACUGGGCUGGGGGCCUGCACCAUGCCAAGAAGUCCGAGGCAUCUGGCUUCUGCUAUGUCAAUGACAUCGUCUUGGCCAUCCUGGAACUGCUAAAGUAUCACCAGAGGGUGCUGUAUAUUGACAUUGAUAUUCACCACGGCGAUGGCGUGGAAGAGGCCUUCUAUACCACAGACCGGGUCAUGACUGUGUCCUUUCAUAAGUAUGGAGAGUACUUCCCAGGAACUGGGGACCUACGGGAUAUUGGGGCUGGAAAAGGCAAAUAUUACGCUGUUAAUUACCCACUCCGGGACGGGAUUGACGACGAGUCCUAUGAGGCCAUUUUCAAGCCGGUCAUGUCCAAAGUAAUGGAGAUGUUCCAGCCCAGCGCGGUGGUCUUACAGUGUGGCUCUGACUCGCUUUCUGGGGACCGGCUGGGCUGCUUCAACCUGACCAUCAAAGGGCACGCCAAGUGUGUGGAGUUUGUCAAGAGCUUCAACCUGCCCAUGCUGAUGCUGGGAGGAGGUGGUUACACCAUUCGUAACGUCGCCCGGUGCUGGACAUAUGAAACAGCGGUGGCUCUGGACACGGAGAUCCCUAAUGAGCUUCCCUAUAAUGACUACUUCGAAUACUUUGGACCUGACUUUAAGCUUCACAUCAGUCCUUCCAAUAUGACCAACCAGAACACGAACGAGUACCUGGAAAAAAUCAAACAGCGGCUGUUUGAGAACCUGAGGAUGCUUCCCCAUGCUCCUGGGGUCCAGAUGCAAGCGAUCCCUGAAGACGCCAUCCCAGAGGAAAGUGGUGAUGAGGACGAAGAGGACCCUGACAAGCGCAUCUCGAUUUGUUCCUCUGACAAACGUAUCGCCUGCGAGGAAGAGUUCUCCGACUCUGAGGAUGAGGGAGAGGGUGGCCGCAAGAACUCCUCCAACUUCAAGAAGGCCAAAAGAGUCAAAACAGAAGAUGACAAAGAGAAAGAACCAGAAGAGAAGAAAGAAGUCACGGAAGAAGAGAAAACCAAGGAGGAAAAGCCAGAAGCCAAAGGGGUCAAAGAGGAGGUCAAGUUGGCCUGAGUGCAGCUUUCCAGGUCUGGCUUCUGGCCAGCUUCCCCACCUCUCUCCCUCAACUUCCCCAACCACCCCACCUCCCCACACCAGAUUUUAUAUUUUCUAUUCCUGUGUAUUUAUAUAAAAAUAUAUUAAAAAUAAAUAUCCCAAGGACUAGAUAAGAACCAGGGCCCCAAGGCCAGGGCAGCCAAGCUGGUUACACUCUUGUAGCAGCUGCCUUGCCAGCCACCUCUCCCCAGUUCAUUUUUUUAAGCCAUGAAGGGUGCCAGGCCUGGGUAGAGGGAUGCUCUUCUGUAGCAACAAAACACCAGAAAUGCCAAGGUGUGUGCCCAGCAGGUGUGGAAAGGGCUCCCACUGGGCACUAGAGGAGGGUAGAGGGUAGAGGUGGCCGGGUCCUCAGGGAAGCCCCAUUCUUUUCAGGCUCCUAAGGUAACAUUAGAUACGUUUUAGGUGGUUCUCUUCUAGUACCUUCCCUGUGGCCUCAGGUGAGCCAAGAAACUUGCACACCCUGCCCUCAGUCUUUCCCCAAUUCUGCAGGUGGAGGUUGGCAGGCUAGCUUCCUUUUGAGAUCCUAUUUUCAUUUUUGUGAGACUUUGUAAUAAAACUGGUACCUUUCUCUACCCA